UCAUAUUUCUUUAGACAUCAUUCAAAAAACAGUUGUUCUGAUAUUUCUAGUCACUCUUGCCAGCUAUGAGAUAAAUAAUUUGCUAAAAUUUAUUUUUAAUGAAAUUUUCAUAUUUAAACUCAGGACAUGAAAUGCCUAUGCUUGGCUUAGGUACAUAUAAAAUAACUGAAAAAGAAGAAAUGUUCAAGGUAUUUAAGUAUGCUCUUGAAUGUGGAUAUAGGGCAUUUGACACUGCUCAGAUGUAUGGAAAUGAAGAAAUUAUUGGAGAGACUUUGGAAGAACUUUUGCCUAAAUUCAAUUUAAAAAGAGCAGAUGUAUUUAUUACAUCAAAAUUAAUGACCGACCAACAUGGAGACAAAGCCGCCGCAGCUAUCGAUGAAACUUUACGUAAACUCAGGACCGACUAUAUCGACCUUUUCCUCAUUCACUGGCCGUAUGUAGAUGGGCUAGAACGGUCAGAUCUUAAAAAUGGGGAAAUCAGAGCUUCAAGUUGGAAAUUCUUAGAGAAGGCCUGCAUCGCGGGCAAAAUAAAGAGUAUAGGCGUGUCCAAUUAUACCAUCAAACAUUUGGAUGAAAUGCUGAAAGAUGGUAGCCCGUACAAGGCCAGAAUCAGGCCGGCCAUCGAUCAGGUCGAAUUCCACCCGUAUUUGUACCAAAAGGAAAUGCUGGAUUAUUGCGAUGAGAAUGGGAUGACUCUGGAAGGGUAUUCACCGCUGGGCUCGCCCAAAUCCAAGGACAUCCUGGAGGAAGAGGUCAUCAAGAAUCUUGCCAAAAAGUAUUCCAAGCAGCCCGCUCAAAUCGUGCUCAGAUGGGAAAUUCAGCACGACGUAAUCGUUAUUCCCAAAUCAGCUAAUCCGGAAAGGAUCAAGGCCAACAUCGAGGUAUUCGAUUUUUCUCUCAGUCCGGCGGAAAUGGAAUCGAUCAACGCGUUGAACAAGAAUAAACAUUAUGCCUCUGAUCCGGUCGAUAUCGCAUGAAUAAUGGGAAAAAUAUUUUUUAAAAAAGAAUCAAAUAGAUUAUUUAUUUUAUUUAAAAAAAGUGUAUAUUUUUAAAUUAUAGUAGAUUUUUCCCUGCCAAAUUAUAAGUUUCUAGUCAAAUUAUUUUUCAUAUUUUAUUGAUAUGAUUAUUUAUAGACAAAUCACAAAUAAUGCAAAUUAUUUAUUUUUUAAUAAUACAUAGAAUAAAAACCCG